CAAUUGAAAUAUCUCACCAAAUGGGCUCUCGAGUGUUGCUAUUGUUAGCAUUGUUUGCCAUUGUUUCUUCCAUUGCCUUGGCAUCUGACCCUAGCUCUCUUCAGGAUUUCUGCGUUGCGGACUCUAACUCUCCAGUUCCAGUGAAUGGGUUUGCAUGCAAGGAUCCAAAGAUGGCCCAGGCCCAAGACUUCUUCUUCAGUGGGCUUCAGAAACCAGGAAACACAUCAAACGCAGUUGGUUCUAGAGUGACUCCAGUUGGUGUAACCCAAAUUCCAGGCCUCAACACACUUGGAAUUUCCCUAGCUCGAAUUGACUAUGCCCCAAUGGGACUCAACCCACCACACACACAUCCUAGAGGUAGUGAGAUUUUGACUGUUAUAGAAGGCAGCCUAGAAGUGGGCUUUGUCACAUCUAACCCGGACAACCGUCUCAUUACAAAAAUUCUUCAAAAGGGUGAUGUGUUUGUGUUCCCAGUUGGGCUCAUUCAUUUCCAGAGAAACGUUGCUUAUGGCAAUACAAUAGCCAUUGCAGCUCUGAGUAGCCAAAAUGCUGGGGUUAUUACCAUUGCCAAUGCAGUGUUUGGAUCAAAGCCUGACCUCCCGGCUGAUAUUCUUGCCAAGGCUUUCCAACUGGACAAGAGCGUGGUUUUAAAUCUUCAAUCUAAGUUUUAAAUGGAACAUAGCCACAUAGGGCUCGUUUGGCAUCAUCACUUUUAGAUUCUAAGAGGUUGAAAUCAGUACAUGCAGAAAUUAUUGUGUAUCCAUUUGAUGUUUAAGAUGUUCGAGAUCAUGUGUGUUUUCUUUUAAUUUAACAUAGCCAUCAAUUUGCUAUUGCAUUUCCUCUUGUUAAUUUGUUUGGUUUAUUUCUUGUGAAAGAUGGCAAAUUUUAAG